AAUAAACAUUUUGAAUAAUUUCAAUUAUGUGAAUAAUUUAAAAGCGGAAAAGACGCAAUACAUAUGCAAUUCCCGACGUUGAAAGAACACAUUUGGACAACUUUUGCACCCUAAUAAGACCUGUAUGGAAAAACCUCAACCACAGGUCAUAUAGCUCACGAAUGUUCUCAAACGCAGUUCAAAAUUCUGACUUGGAUUUGAAAGAUGUGUCUUUCACGCUGCAUCAAAGUGCUACCGAUUUUCAUGAUUGCUUCACUUGUAUGUCUUUUGUUCAUCGCUGAAGCGUACAACAGAAAACCAAAUAAAGGCCACCACAGAAAAGCAACUAAAGCGUACAACGGAAAAACUGAAAAGUACAACAAGGAAAUAGCUGAAGAGCACUAUAGGAAAAAGUGCCACAAGCAGAUGAUUCAAGACGGCAUCGUUCCUUAUUUUAUACUAAAUAGUUUUCCCGUUGUCAUUGUUACGGCUGAGUUCGACAACAAUGAGCAAGAACAAGUAUUGUGCGGAAACAUAUUCAACGUCACCUCUAUGAGAAAAGCUCCUUUCGUGAAGGUGUCUUCAAAAGUAAGGUGCAAAUACCUUACAGUCAUCAUAGUCGAUGUGGAUAACUUGGACGGCGCUCCCUUUUUGCACUUGCUGAUCCAUGACAUCCCUGCAGACGAUCUAGAGAAAGGAAUCGACACAGGACACGACUUUAACGGCACUGCAGCUCCCUAUAUGAAGCCAGCUCCAAAAGGAUCAGAUUCAUACAGAAUAUUGAUUUUAGCUUACUGUCAAGAUUCUGUCCUGAAGGCACCCAAGGGAACUUUUUCGACUUACGAAAGCAGGUUGAAGUUUGAUUUGACGAAAGAAAGCAAAAAGUACGAUUUCGGAAUGCCCGUUGGCGUCAACUUUUGUUACCUGUCAUACGAAUGGACUGAACCGUUACCGUAGUUCGUCAGAUGUUCUCUUUCACUAAUAGAUAAUAAAAUAUUUCAG